AUGCAUCGCAUCACCGUACGGCUCAUGCCCACUGAUACGUGCACUGUCAUCCCACUUACUCCUUCUAUUACACUUUGUGGCAUCAACUGCAGGAAGAAGCAUACGAUGGCGGUUUCUGCUUCCUCCGUGGGACGUGCCUUUGCCUUCCUUGGUACGGCGCUGGCGGGAGGCGCGAUAGGAAUGGUUGUGGAGCGUGGUGGUUGGUUUGGUGUGGACAAAUGCCAUCCAUCGCCUGUUCCGUAUCAACAGAUGACUGAGCGCACAAGUCCGGAGGUGUUACACGUGCAAUGCCCACAGCCCGCAUACCCCAAGGAGAGGUGUAACGACGAUGGUGGGGAAACUACUCCUUUCGUGCUAAGACUUACAAGCAAGGGGCUUCCGUCCGACGAUCACCUGCGCUACUACAAAGGCUUUGUUUCUAGUCUGAAUUAUGAGCGUCGUAUCCCUAAUUGGGUGUUGGAGUACAUCCCCGGCAGGACCACUGCUGCUGAUUCAGUGGUCACGGCUGAUAACGACUUAGUAAACGCUUCCGCAGCGGAAGCCCAGCGAGAUGGAAUGAGGUUCUUUGCGGACAUGACGGUGCCUCAGUUGUUCCGCGUGCAGCCCGGUGACUAUAUUGGGGGUGGCAGGGGACAGCACUCACGAGGCCUCAGCCGAGGUCACCUUGCUGCCGCACAGUUUCACAAGAGCUCUACUGUUGAGUUGGCUCAGACCUUUAACAUGAAUGCGAACACUGUACCACAGGACAUGACAAUGAAUGCUGUCGACUGGCUGCGGUUGGAAAACCUCACACGGAAGUUGCGGCGGUAUUAUGAGAGGGGAUUGUGGGUAGUGACGGGACCUGUCUUCCACCCGCGGCUCGUGGAUGGUGAUGUGCGCACGUGGCGGUGGGCGGAACCAUCGCAAUGUCCGUCUCCAGUAAAACCUGUGAGUAGCGGAGUGUUGGCUUCUGGAGAACACUGCCACUGUGGAAAUGACAAGGCAGCAGUGCACUUGCGGAAGAUUGUCUGCUAUGAGCUUGUGGGCAAGCGCGACGUUGCGGUCCCCACACACCUCUUCAAAGUUAUAUUAGGUGAGCGAGCGGACGGGGCACAUGAAGCUGCUGCCUUCCUAAUGCCGAACGAACCGAUUGCCGUGGAGCGGCCCCUCACAGCUUACCAGGUGCCUGUGGUAGAAAUCGAGCGACUGACGGGUUUGGAGUUCUUUCGGAAUGUGGCCGCUGCUGGGUCAGACGCGCGGUUCUGGGGGCGGGAACUGGAUGCUCUGCCAAAUAUUUGCAGACGCGUGGUGUGUGAAGCACGUACCGCAGGAAUGUUUCGCUCGUACCGAGACGUGGCGCGUCUACGGGCGGCGGGUUCUCUUCCUGAAUUGCAGAGUGUUUACAGCAUCCUGCUUGCAGAACAGCAGCAGAAGUGUGGCAACACAGCCGGAAUAACAGUUGCUCUGGAUGGGGUUGUAGCACAGGAAUAUAGAGAGCGCCUGAGGGAACUAAUGGCUGUGUCGACCAACGACACCGGUUAA